CAGCAGCCCGCUUUCCCGGCCACCAGUGGUACCACCUCGCCGCGCUGGUGACGCUGACCCCAGAGAGGCCGGCCGGGGGCCGCCGCUGAGGGGAGCAACUGGCUGCCGGGCCGACCGCCACAGACGCCCCGUCAGUUGGGCUACAUCUGUGGGUCUGGUUUUUCAAGUGUCGCGACCAUCCGGCAGCCACUUGUCGGCACAACAGAUGACGUCCUCCCAGUCUCCGUCCCGGGAGGUGCCGGCCGUAUCGUGCUCGGCGCCCUCGCCGGCGGCCGUGGAGAACGGCAGCACCGUAGCCAAGACAUCCUGGAUCUCGGCUGACGGUCGACCCGACCUGGUGACCGGACGGCUGCCCCAGGCGGACCAGGAGACCGACUCUGCACCGCUGGGUCGGCAGCAGCCGCGAGUCCCCAUCGACGGCGAGGCGGUCCGGCUGGUCGCCGAGCCGAGCACCAGCAUCCCUGCCGCUGCGCCUGAGGUGUCCGUCAAGGAAGAGUCGUCGGACCUGACCGAAUCGGUCGCCCCGGCACCGCCCAGCCGCCUGGAGGCGGUCCCCACCGACACGUUGGUCGUGCCGGGCGAGUUUCACAACGACGAGCUGAUGCGUGAGCACGCGGUGCCCUACUACGGCGCCGUUUACGACGAGCCGAGCUACACCGAUCUCGAUUCCAGCAAGGCCUACGACCGGCCGGCCGACGGCUACUAUGCGCCGCCGCCGCCACCGUCCGGCUACCAGCAGCCGUUCGUGCCGAUGCCGGACGCGUACGCCGGCUACCCAACGCCAUCGCUCGGCUACCUGGAGUCGCCGCUGGUACAAGCCGGCUUCGCGGGUGCGCCACAGGGUCUGGCCGUCUCCUCCGCGCUGGUGGCGCAGCCGGUUCGCACCAGGCGUUCGGCACCGCAUACGGAGGAGCCAGGCAACAAGGCGUCUAAAAACAGGGGCUGGAGAGGCAGCUCUAUGAGUGAGUCAGACUAUAAGAAGACCGCGUGCGAUCGCGAGAGAACGCGCAUGCGCGACAUGAACAAGGCGUUCGAAGCGCUGCGAGAGCGGAUUCCGUACUGCAAGCCGCCCGGGAAGAAGCUGUCCAAAAUCGAGUGCUUACGGCUGACAAUCCGCUACAUCCGGCAUCUGCAGAACGUGAUGCGGAUGUCGGAGGGCCUGCCGGUGUCGCAGUACGACCCGCCGCCCUACACUACGCCCACCCCCUGGAUCUCGUCGUACUCGUGCGUCACCACGCCCACGGGCGUGUACACCGAGCCGGUCAGCUCAUACGGCGUGCCGCCGCCUGCCGCCGAGGAGCACUACGAGCCGCACAGCUUCCCCGGCGCCACCGAGUACUGGGCGGGCGGCUACCAGCCCGGCUAUUGACCUCAGGUCAUAGGCAGCGUCAGGCAUAGGGCGACCUAGGGCGCCGCGCGCGCGCCAGCCGGGGGACGUUCUCUAGCUACAGACGGGUAAGAGAUCUGAUGCUGGCCUCGGAUCGUCAGACAGGCAUGGGCAGGUCUCUUGACCGGACAGACCAAGUGACGACCUGAGGUCAGCGGGCAGGUCAUGGGCAGGCCUCUGCACAGAGGCAGACCAAGUGAUGGCCGUGGGUCGCGAGCGGAAGGGACGGAGGGAUCUGAUGACCAGGGUAUUGACAUAAGGCCACGGGCUGGUACCUAUAAUCAUAUGCUGUCCGCCGCAACCGCAUCACCGUCGGGAGUGCUGACCAGAGACUGCGAGAUGGUCCGGGAAUGAAAAUUUGUCCCAGUGCCGCGGGCCAUUGGCACCGCCGCUGAUCAUACAAGAUUCUCUGCUAACGGGAGGGCAAUGCGAUCUCUCUCAUUCAAGCUAACCCCUCGGGGUAUGAGAUCCUGGCGAGAAUGACGGCACGACACAAAAUGACAAUUUUUUUCGCCAGCCAGUGGCCAUUGCUUGUGAUCACCGGUUUGGCAGUACUAUCCUCGAUUUGUGACAGCAGCUCUCUCAGCCAUCGCCUUCACAAUGGAGCCGUGCCUUGCCUCUGGUUGCGUGACAACAAACGUGUGGCAUAUGAGGCUUGAAUUUUUGUUUAGUGCUUAUUACCUGAUAAACGUCUAGUCUCUGUAAUAUGCUAGUCAUUCAUCGCUAGUCGUGGCAAUUUGCAAUUUAUUUUGAUACAAGUGCAAUGUAAUGUGUGCUGCGAUGGGGUUAUUUCUACAGCGUUGUUUAACAUGCUUGCCGCUGAUCCGAGCGCAUGGUGAACACCUAGUUUUUGGAUUUUUUUCGCACCGAUUAUUCCCUUAUGGUACCCUCUGCCCUCUUUGUCGUGCCAUUAUCCAUCUGGUUGUUUAAUGCAUGCAAGCAAACAAUAAUAAGUGCACCAGUUGAAUGUCAUUCAUUUCAUGCAUCUUAACAGUAACCUUAGAAGAACGCCGUUUCGCCUAAUGCGGGACACUGUUGGUAACAUUUGACAAGUACAAAAACAAACAAAUUGGAUCUCAGAAAGCGACUUUUAUUCUUUGAGAAGGCUGGCAGGCCCAACAAAACAAUUACAGUGAUGGUCGACAGUUGUCAAAAACGAUCGGCGUGUGAAGAAAAAAGGCAAUGUCCAGGAACAGAUCUCCCAUGCUAAACGGCUGCGUUUGUGCUGCUUCGGGAUUGUUUCUUGUCCAGUCCACCACAUUGUACGUUCAUCUACUCUAUGUGCUACUUGCAUCAUCCACACUGGCCCAUGCUGCGGGUCUUAACGUGUUUUCCUCGCGUACUCGGACGACCAGUGGACUUUGCGUGAAAUUACAACACACGAUGUGUGUGUGAAGUCGCGAGAUAUGCAACAAUGUUCAAUCCAUAGCGUGCAUGGUGGAUACCAGUGCCUUAUAAGAGUGCCGGUAUGCUAAAGUUACCUUCCGAAUGUUUGAAUUGUUUGCAUCGCGAGCGACAUCGUGGGUAUUCUCUCAGCAUGGUUGAGCGUGAAGAGCACGGCGUUGCAAACGUACACAGCGAAUGCUCAAUACUAAGCGCAGUUUCGCAAAAGCAUGAUUUUAUGCAGCACGUCCCGGAUAAUGCCCGGACUACCGCGAUAUUCAUGUUUUCAAUGAUUGUAUGAACUGUAUGUGGUGAACUGGCGGUCAUAUCGAUGCGGCAUUCCAGUACGUUAGAUGAGUCCUCUGCGCAUUCCGCCCUCCGGCCGCCGGCACAGGCAUGGCAGGACCGGCCGGACCGCACUCGGCACGUGUGGGCGUGUGGUAUAGGAACGUUAGUGUGACAGCUGAGUGCGGGCAGCGCCUCACCCGUGUUGUGCGUGCGGAAACUGAUGAGCGUGCGGAGGUGGAAGCUCACUCCAGCUGAACCCAUCUAGUCCAUUCUAGUCGACAGUGUA